AUGCCUCGCCCGGGCAAGAGCUCCUACAGCGACCAGAAGCCGCCGUACUCGUACAUCUCGCUGACGGCCAUGGCCAUCCAGCACUCGGCCGAGAAGAUGCUGCCGCUGAGCGACAUCUACAAGUUCAUCAUGGAGCGCUUCCCCUACUACCGCGAGCACACGCAGCGCUGGCAGAACUCGCUGCGCCACAACCUCUCCUUCAACGACUGCUUCAUCAAGAUCCCGCGCCGGCCCGACCAGCCGGGCAAGGGCAGCUUCUGGGCGCUGCACCCGGACUGCGGCGACAUGUUCGAGAACGGGAGCUUCCUCCGGCGCAGGAAGCGCUUCAAGGUGCCGCGGCCCGAGCCCCAUGUGCCCGCGGCCGCCAAGGCCGGCGGGGGCGGCGGCAUGCUGCACCCGCACCUGAGCCACUACUUCCACCCGCAGCACCCGCCGCCGCCGCCGCCGCCCCCGCUCCAGCCCCCGGUCGCGAGCAAGGGCCAUCCGGACCCCACGGUGGCCGCUGCGGCUGCCGCCGCCGCCGCCGCCGCCGCCGCCGCCGUGGGACGCUUGCCGCAGUUCCCGCCCUACGGCCCGGCGCCCGGCUUCAAACACCCCUUCGCCAUCGAGAACCUCAUCGGGCGAGACUACAAGGGGGUCCUGCAGGGCGGCGGGCUGCCGCUGGCCUCGGUGAUGCACCACCUGGGCUACCCGGUGGCCAGCCAGCAGAUCAGCACCAUGGUCAGCUCCGUGUGGCCCCACGUGGGCGUGAUGGAGCCUGUCGGCGGCAUGCCCCUGGCCGCCGGGGAGUACGGACCCUUCGGCGUGCCGGUCAAGGCCCUGUGCCACCCGCCGCCCGCACAGACGCUGCCCGCCAUCCCCGUGCCCAUCAAGCCCACCCCCGCCAUGCCCCCAGCCGCCGCCAUCCCUGCCCUGACGGUCAGCCAGGUGACGCAGCAGCAGCAGCUCUGCCCGGCGACCGCUUCGCCCAGCUCGUCUUCUUCCCUCCUGGAACAGACUCCACCGAACUCCUCCGAGGGCAAAAGCGCCUUACAUCCUGCCUUGGUGCAUUCCUAA